GUGAAUAGAUUUGGGUAAUCAAAAGAAUGUUACAUAAUACGAUGUCUAUCCCAAACCUGCAAGGUAUUUUGACACUAGAUGUGUAGGUUUCAAAUUCUGUAGUCGGGUUCGAGUUCAUUUCCCAUGACUUUAUCGCAAAGGUAAAUUUAAUACAACUAAAGUAGACACGGUACAUAACAAUAGUUUUACAAAAGUAUAUUUGUAAUAACUUAAAAUCAAUGUGUAUAUUAAAACAUCCAUACGUACCAACAUGUAUAUCUAAAUAGCAACAAAUAAGUUGAAAAUAUUGUUAGCACCGUCCAAUACUAUUAUAUUAAUGAUGUUGCAACAUCUAUAUGGUUGUCUGCUAGCGUUAACCGAAUAAGUGAUAUUGUAUAGAAUCUUUUUUACUAGUAUACAUAUAGAAUGGUUGUCUGCUAGUGUUAACCGGAUAAGUGACAUAUUGUAUAGAAUCUUUUAUACUAGUAUACAUAUAGAAUGUUUUAUACUAGAUAGUAUACAAAUACUUGGAGUCGCAUUCCACAGUUUCACUAAUUAACCAACCAAAGAGGAAAAAACGCUUGCUUCUAAAUUCUAACGAUGUGGUUGUCUGUGGCGUUAGGAGUGGUACCGCUACUAAUGUGGCUCUUCUGGCAGUGGAAUAACAUAUGGUAUGGACUUGUUACAGCGAGUCUGCGCUCAUCAGAGGGUGGCACCAAUCUGCCUCCCGGGCACAUGGGUUUUCCGGUCAUUGGUGAAUUGUUCACAUUUCUUUGGUACUUCAAAUUCCUUCGUCGCCCUGACGAUUACAUCAAUUCCAAGCGUAGAAAGUUUGGUGAUGGGGUAGGAAUGUACAAGACGCAUCUAUUUGGUAGACCUUCGGUGAUAGUGUAUUCACCAACCGUGAUAAAAUUUGUAUUUCGAGCCGAUGAAAGCUUCAAAUUGGAGUGGCCAAACGUUGAACUUGUAGGUAAGCAUUCAGUAGUUGCGGUCCAUGGGAAAAUACAUGCCAGACUCAGAAAUUUCAUUUCUAAAAGUGUUAACCAACCAGAAGCGCUUCGUAGGAUAGCGGCCACCGUGCAACCAAGAAUGAUCGCGGCCCUUGAAUCCUGGGCCAAACGUCGUACAAUUACCUCGUACAAAGAAAUCAAGAAGGUUACGUUCGAGAAUAUAGGCAUGUUUUUUGCUAGUUUGGAGCCGGGCGCUACUCUAGAUAUGCUAGGCGAAUACUUUGUUGGAUUGAUUAGUGGAGUCAGAUCCUACAAAAUGAAUAUACCAGGAUUUGCUUAUUAUCAUGGCCUUCAGUGUCGCAAAAAAGCCAUUGCGAUUUUCAAUGAAGAGUUGGAGAAAAGGAAGAAGGACUUUAAGAAUGGAAGUAGUGAAUCUAUGAAGGAUUUGAUGGAUGGUUUAAUGAGGUUGAAAGAUGAAGAAGGGGGUCAGUUAAGUGACAUAGAGAUUGUUGACAAUAUUGUUGGCAUUCUAAUUGGUGGCUAUGAAACAACUACUCUUGCCACGAUGUGGGGUGUUUAUUAUCUUGCUAAAUACCCAAAGGUUCUACAAAAGCUUCGGGACGAAAAUAUGCAACUUAAAAGUAGCAAGAAUGAGCAACAUGUUACAAGCGAUGAGAUCUUCAAGAUGAAAUACACCAUGAAAGUUGUGGAUGAAACUAUCAGAAUGGCGAAUAUCUCUCCAGUAAUCUUUCGCACAACAACAAAAGAUGUUACCUAUAAGGGACACACUAUUCCGAAAGGAUGGAAUGUAAUGUUGUGGAUUAGGUAUCUCCACACGGAUCCUGAGAACUUUAACGAUCCACUGUGUUUCAACCCUGAUAGAUGGGAUGUAUCAAUGACGCCCGGAACAUACCAAGUGUUUGGUGGUGGAUCAAGAAUGUGUGUAGGAAAUAUGCUCGCUCGUUUACAAAUUGCUAUCUUUCUCUAUCAUUUGUCCACGGGAUACACGUGGGACUUGGUGAAUCCGGAUGGGAAAGUGAAGUAUCUCUCAAAUCCCAAACCAGAAGAUGGUGCGGAAAUUACCAUUAAGAAACUUGAAUUGUAAUUGAAGAUUUAUAUAACUUUUAGCGAAAGCAAAAAUGUUAGCAAAGUGUUGUUAUAGUUUAUAGAUUUCACAAGAAAUUCCGAUGUGUUAAUUAAAAUGUGACGUCAUCCUUGUAAAUCAAAUUAUCUGUUUGGUUGUUUUUGUAUAAAUAUAAAAAAAGGUAUCAUUUCGCUAUUA